AUGGGCUGCACCACCUCGCAACAUGAAGACCCCGCCGCCAAGGCUCGUAACGAAGCUAUCGAAUCUCAACUCAAGAGGGAUCGACAGGUGCUCCAGAAUGAAGUCAAGAUGCUACUGCUUGGAGCUGGAGAGAGUGGGAAAUCGACCGUUCUCAAGCAGAUGAGACUGAUUCACAACAAACCGUACGACAUGGACGAACGAGAGUCGUACAAGGAGAUCAUCUUUAGCAACACCGUUCAGUCCAUGCGCGUCCUCCUCGAAGGGGUCGGGAACAUGGGCAUCCAGCUCGACCCGAGCAACCGAGGGCGGUACGACCUGAUCAUGUCGAGUCCAUCUCAGAUCGAGGGGGAUAUCAUGCCACCUGCUCUGGCGGACGCUGUGUACGGGUUGUGGAACGAUGCUGGGGUCAGGAAGGCGUACCGCAGACGGAACGAAUUGCAGAUCAACGACAGCGCACCUUACUACUUCAAUUCGAUCGGACGGAUUGGGGCGACCAACUUUACACCGACCGACCAGGACAUUUUGCGCGCACGGGUCAAGACGACGGGGAUCAGCGAGACGACCUUUGUCAUCGGGGACCUGACGUACAAGCUGUUUGAUGUCGGUGGGCAGAGGAGUGAGAGGAAGAAGUGGAUUCACUGUUUCGAGAGCUGUAAUGCAAUCGUCUUCCUGGUCGCCAUAUCCGAAUAUGACCAGAAGCUGUACGAGGACGAGAGCGUCAACCGAAUGAGCGAGGCCUUGACGCUGUUCGAUUCGAUCUGCAACUCGAGGUGGUUCAUCCGCACAUCGAUCAUCCUGUUUUUGAACAAGAUCGACAUCUUCCGGGAAAAGCUACCAGUCUCGCCAAUGUCGCAUUACUUCCCCGAGUUCCGAGGAGACGAUCAAUCGUAUGAUCAGACGAGCGCCUUUUUGCUCGACAAGUUUGUCGGCCUCAACCAGAACUUGGACAAGAGCAUCUAUGCUCACUACACAUGCGCAACGGACACCAAGGCACUGAGUUUUGUGUUAUCCGCUGUCAACGACGUGAUAAUCCAGUCGAACCUGCGAGACUGCGGUCUCAUCUAGUGUUCUCUGUCCGGUUUCCCUCUCGCCGUUGCACUGUACUCAUAAUUCUUGUCCCCCCUUACGCUCUCUUUACGGGUCCUUUUUCCGG